AUGGCCGAGGUCACUCUGGCUGAUGCUACACGCAACAUCGAAUCCAGCAACGCGAAGGACAGGAAGCAAGGACUCGCGGAUUUGAAACACGUCCUCCGCUUCAACCAAAACAAUGCCCACGUUAAAGGCCUGAGCAACAGAAGCUGCCUGAAGGUCUAUCAGGCCAUCUUCCAGGUUGCCGUCGAUGGCCGCUCCGCGCUCGUCAAUGCCAAGACGCCAACACUCAAGGUGACCACCGAGAAUCACCUCUUCGAAGUUGCCAGUGCUCUGAGACUUUCGGUCGAGGCAGGCCUGAAGAUCCUGUUGCUCAAAUCCGUCCUGGCGCUCCGAAAUCACAUCGUCGAGACCAUCUAUCUUUCUGCAGGGGACUUCUGCGAACCGCUUGCUCUUGAGUACAUGAAAUGUCUUCGCACAAUCUUCACCUUUCAGCCUCAUGUUGAGCAACUGGCAUCUGCGUCCGAGUGGGAAGCCACCAUGUCCUUCUGUCUUGACUGCCUCAAGAAGGUCGAAGCCGAGACCAUGGACGAACAUGGUGAGAUUGAUGUGGCUACCAGUUCGGGACAAACAAAUCGGACCAGCUAUCGAUCUUCGGCAAGGUCUUUCGCUCGAGAGUCUGCUGCCUCGCAAGGGCCCAGAUCCAAGACCAAAAUGGUGGCGGAGCAGGUGAUCGCGUGUCUAAGGCUGAUGACAGCAGCGCCAAACGCACCUCUCAAACAGCAAGCGAGAUCUAUACUUUGGACCCUGAUUGAACAUCUCAAAGCAUCAUCGAACAUCAACCCCUCGAUCCCUGAUGCCUUCACCGCGAUCAACAAUGUCCUUGCCUGGAGCAGGACCGAGCAGAUCGAAUUGACGCAGGAAGUUACUAGCCACCUCGUGCGUCUGGUUCGGCAAAUGUGGUUCUCCAGAUCUAAAGCUCUGUCUGAAAUGCUCACUACGCUUUGGCUCCUCCAGCCGUAUAUCACUCGCGCAAUGCGGCGACAGGCGGCAAUAUCGCUGAGAACUGAUCUGGUGGGACUUGCACAAGCUAUUCAGUCGGUCUAUGAGCAAGACAACUCAAACACUAAGCAGCUUGGCCUUGAUGACAUCCGCCUGGAAAUCGAUCCUGCCCAGCACAGGGAAGACGGACAAGUCUCGUCCCCACUUUUCACCUUGAAAUGCAACGGUGCUCGAGCAGAGUCAAACUGGAUUCUCGUCCAUGUGCUUAAAAGCAUCUAUAGACUACUCAACGCCUCAAGACAGGAUGGGAAACUCGCGGAGAAUUAUCAGGAGUCCAUUAACGGUGACGAAAACGUUGAUCCAAAUCCUCGAUCUAAAAAGCGCCAGCGGCAGCAGGACGAAUUUCUGUCCUUGGUUGAAACCAUUAUCACUGGUACUCCGAAUGCUAAAAUUUGCGCUCUUCAAGUCGUUGCUUUCUUGGCCCAGGAAAUCCCAAUGUCAACCAGUCAGCUCACGAAGACACUAGAAGCACUUUCUGUGAGCUGCGUGGACGAGCAUGGAACCGUCGUGAGCUGGUCAUUCCUCGCACUGGCUUCUUGCGCUUGUCAAGCAUCUGCGACAGGAGCGAAAUUCGUUUUGCACUGGACUUCAGCAUGGCAAAUAGCAACCCGAUCUCUUAGCAAUGCAUCAUCAUGCCGAGCAGCGUCUUAUGCCUUGUACAUUAUGAUGCAGCUCCGGCUGAUACCGCAGGCAAGCAUAUCAGAGCUGUUACAGGUGGCUACCGACACGUUGGACCUCAGCGGACCCGCUUUACUAUCAGAUGCGGUGUCAUUGCUGCUCAGAGGGCUUUUGAAAGCAUCUCAUCAAUUGAGCCCUGAAGUCGCCAGUCGGACAGCGGAAAGCAUAAUCGGCUGGCUUUCCCAUGUCUUCACGCCAAGCCGCCUUCAAGAACAAGACAGAGCCUAUGUCAUGGCCUCUUCCACAUACGACCCAUGUGAUGUAACGUGGCUUGUGGCUAUGUGUCUUGGACAAGAAUUGCAUACGUCGGGCAUGAUUGGUCUCCAAGUAUGGGAAGGGCCUGCUCAGACUUGGUUGCUAUGCCGCGCGCAGGACGAGUUGGUCUCGUACCUUAUACUACGACCGGCCGAUAGUGAAGCAAUCAACCCAGCUCUCACAGAUGCCUCGGUACUUGUGCCCGCUUUGGGCGCGCCAGCAAGAGUAUCUUGCGAAGCACAGCUACUUACGCAUCUAAUUAGUGAGACGACACGAAUCAACGAGACGUGGAAAAGCCUAACUCGUCCGGGCAUCGACACUUGGAUCAUGCUCUGCAAAGCUUGCUGCAUCGUCAACUGCAUGGCCUCAUGCGUGACGUUCAAAGAUACAAGACGACAUCACCAUCUGCAAAAACAGUCUGAGGCUUUGACUGCUGCGCUGUGUGACUACCUCGUCAACCCCAGUUGCGAAGAUGCAAAAUUGGACAUACUGUUGUCCAUAUUUUCGAAGUCACUCACUGGCCUUGCUCGGCGCGAGCUCGGCCUUGAAUUUCGCCCUACAGAUUGUGAGACUCUGUUGUGCUCACGUAUCUCUGUUGCCCUCUCUCAGCGUCAGAAUGCAAGGCACGACAAUGAUGGAGUAGAUGCUAUGGACAUUGACGAUGAUUUUGGGUCCCAAGAGAGCGGCGCAAGUAAAGUCACUGCCCAAAGCACAGGCACAACGAAUGACAUGGACUUGGCAUUUAGCAGAGCGACCUUGAGGUCGAGCUUGGCCUUGUAUGCCAAUGUCGUGAACGCGGUGACUGCCGAGCGUGUUUCCAUGCAGGGCUCGGGAGUACAAGCAGCUGCCGUGGUAAGCGACUACAUUUGCGACCAGUCCCAAAGCUUCGUUGUUUCUUGCCGAGAUGUGCUCUCUUCUCUCCCUGGUCUGGGGCUUGAGCUCUCGGCUCAAGAAACGGAGAAAAUACUUUCCUACCUCUUUGAAACGAAAAGCGCCUUCAUCAACAAUUACUCUUAUGCAAGAUCGGAGGUGGUCAUUGGGACUAUUCUUGACUUUCUGAGCAGUCAGUCGAACGUGUGGACGGACCAAGCCAAUAGGACUCUGUAUAACCUGGGUCUCGACAUAUAUGAAUGGUGCACUGAGCUACUUGGAGAAGGAUCGCUUUCAGCAAACGUGCAGAAACGGAUAUCGAGGCUCUUGCUCGAGCUCUGCCAUGUCAACCCUGAUUACACCGCAAACACUGACAGUUCCGCUGACUCACCAAUGAGAAGCAUCUUGACAUUACUGGAGCAAGGGAGUAUUACUCUCAUGUUCCAUCUAUCAAAGCGCAUUUCAGAAGUGUUCGGAAUAUUUGUGCUGGCUAAGCACGCAGCGAUCUUCGAAGAUAUUGUCGAGAAGCUGCCUGACAACGCAGAUUGGUUGGAAGGUAUCGCGAUGCGUCUACUUAUUCUCUCCAAUCUUGCUUCGGCAUGGCAUUCUCUGCUACGGUACUGCGUCUACUACAUGUUCGAAACAGCCGGGCGUGUCAAGACGUCCCUGGAGCAUGCCACCCAUUGCGUAGAGCAAUUGUCAAUGAGGCUGCCAUUGAAAUCGCCACAGAAGCUAUUCUCGGCGUUCGCCCCACAACUGCUUCAUACAUAUAUUGACACACAGCAGCCUCUAGCACGUCUGCCAUUCGCGGCCUUCCAAUACACCUCACUGGGAGAUCUGCUGAGGGUCAACGAGUCAGAGGUCUGCGCUCAGUUGGUGACAAGAGGCUGCCUCGAUGGGUUAGACACCAUGACCAAACAUAUGAAGCUUUUGCACGGUGACUUGAUCCGACGAUCUUUCGCUAAAUGCAUGGCUUACACACUUGGUCGCGAUGUGUCGAAAAGUGACGGGAAGCCAGACAUUGAGAAUAGGCUCCGAACACUGAUAGACGGCAAGGGAGAGGCGAAGGCCAUGAUCAUAGAGCGAUGGCCAACCAUUAUUGGCUAUCUCUACCUCAGUCUUCGUCAGGAUGAUCCGGAAGACUCGUGGAUGACAGUACACUCCGGAUACACCACUGCUGCACGAGCCUUGUCUGAAAUGAAGAGCUACAGCUACUCAAGCCGAAAUCUGCCAGAAUGCCAACAACCCUCGUUUCCAAGUAAGAACUUUUUCCAUGAAACCGAGCGGCUGAAUCGUCGACUGGGCUCCGAAUCAACGCCAUGGACAUCCUCUGCAUUCACAUUAGUUGCACGCAUGCUUUUGGACGCCAUUGAUGAGUCGCUCGGUUCUUUGCAUGCUUGCUUGAUGGUCCGCCGAAUGCGGAUCCUUAUUAGCAUGGCAGGAGAAGUAGCUUAUCAGGGGUUUGCCUUGGAAAUGCUACUUCACUCGCUACGACCCUUUGUUAGCGACACUGAAUGCGCUGAUGAUGCGCUGGGCAUGAUCCAGUAUCUCUUGAACCAUGGCCGCGAGUAUCUGAGCAAUAACCUGGAAUUCUUGCGCGGGAUCAUCAUCCUUCUCGUACUCCAGGUGCGACGACACGCGAGGCUCAAGCGCGACAGGAGUACCCAAGAGAGCCAGCACACAGCUACUGUGCAAAAGAUGUAUGGUUUUCAGAAGUGGCUCGUUCGUUAUCUCGACCAGACGAUCGGCCAUGGAGGGACCUUAUCUGAUGGUGUCUUGAAAGAGAAAUUGCUUCACAUUCAACUCCCGGGCAAUGCCCGGCGUGACACACCGGAAAGCUUUUUGCUAUUGUUCUUACUUGAUCAGUGGCGGCCAGAUUCCUCGGUAUGCUCGAAAGCAGACUCGACGGAGGCGUUUGAGAUCUUCUCUGAGAAUUUCGAGGCUCCGCCAUUGGUGUCUGUCGAUUGUCUUGGGGACGACGAAGCCGCCGUUCGUUUCUCGGACCCGAUUUGGCAGGUUGUCAGAUCGGCACCGCUACCUGAAGCGUUCACAACCUGGGCAGCGCAAGUACUGGGGCGAGCAUAUGCUUCAAAUGGCCGUCGUCCCCAGAAUCUAGCAAGGAGGAGCACUGUAGCAGAAGAAAUGGUCAGGCAGGCUAGUUCAGAAGGCAACAUCGUUGCGGAAUCCCAAGCCAAGAUAGCGAAGUGUACAGGAGAGCUGCUAUUUUCCAGAAGCCGGACCGAGGCGGGCCUGGCCGAGUAUUGUCUGCGACGUCUCUAUGAAAUGCAGGGAGCAGAGGUAGAUGAAACCCUUGCAUUUGAACAAAUGCUACCAGAGGUGGUCAUCGACGCUGUGCGGGAAGCUACAUUUCACUACGUACCAGCCUUGGCCACCCAGCUCGCUCCCAUCGCCGCUGAAAUGCCACCUUUGCGCCAAAGCCUUCGAGACGUGUAUGCGAAUUCGACUGAGGAGUGGACCACUACCAUUGCUGUGAACAUGUGUGGCCGAGCGUCAGACGUCCCUCAUGUGGCUGCACUCGGACCUUUGAUCCAGCAUGUUCGUGGACUGGCGAGUGAGCUUCUGCCCAGCAUGAUACACCUUUUGCUCACGCGAGAGGUAGACCGCAGCACCACUUUGCGGACUGAGCUGUCUACUUUUUUCUCUGAAUGCCUCUCCGAGACGGAUGCGGCGUUCUAUCCAAAGCAGCAGUUCAUUCUAGAGCUACUCCUUUACUUGCGAAGUCAACCGUUGCCGAAUGAGAACACGAAAGUGGAUCGACACCGCUGGCUGGACAUUGACUAUCUUCUCGCAGCAGACGCAGGCUCCCGUUGCGGCAUGCCUACAAGCGCCUUACUCUUGGCUGAAUCCGUGAGCAGUCCUGCUCCAGCUACCCGUCAAAGUGGCAAACGAGCGUCGACUCGAACAUCGCUCACCCAAGCUCCGAACCUGGAAGUGCCGCAUAGUCUGCUGCUGGCGAUCUACAAACAGGUCGAGGAACCGGAUUCAUUCUAUGGUGUUCAGCAAGCAGCCAAUCUAGAGUCUGUUCUCGAUCGCCUCGAUCAUGAAAGAGAUGGUUUCCGCAGCUUAAUGUUCCGUUCCGCCCAAUUGGACAGCCACAUGCGCAACUCUGGCAAUCGAAACAACGAGGACACCAUCGGCAUGAUUCGCUCAUUGUCUGAUCUGAACUUCAACGGUCUCGCCCUUGCCCUGUUGAACCAAGGAGUAGGAAGCUCUGCACAGUCUACCGAAGCUAUGUUGAAGGCGGCUCAAACGCUACAGCAAUGGGACAUCAAUCCCCCAGAGGAGAAAGGCGCGAAGCUUCCCGUCACCUUUUUGGCAUUUCAAGAUCUCGGCAGAUCAAGUAACGUACAAGAUGUGCAUACGCGCAUGCAGUCUCAUCUUACGGCCCACACGAAACAAGCACUCGAUCUGCGAACCACCAGUGUCCCAGCACAUAGUUGGUACGGUGCCUUGGCUUCUCUAGCGGAAGUGUGCGAGGUCCUUUCUUCCGUCGACCAGCAAGAACUAGAUACUCGUUACGAUAUCAUGCAAAGCCGUAUGCAAUGGAUGCAACUUGCAAGAUUCGACGAUGUCAAACCUAUCUUGACAGGUCGUCAGACCUUGUUUGGUGUUCUGCGUCGAAACGAAUCGCUUCGAAACCUGCUGCAUUUUGAUGUUAGACAAUGCCAUGGUCUUGAAGCUAGAGCAUUACUAAGUGGCUCAAGGCUAGCUCGCGAGCACGCUCGAUUGCAAGAAGCACUAGCAGCGACAACAUCCGUGAGCGACCUGAUGAAGCAUUACGAAGCGAUUGAUCUGCACGUCAGCGCUGCAGUGAAGCUGGAGACAGCCUCGGUCCUUUGGGAGGCUGGCGAGCUGUCGGCCUCGGUCAGAAUGCUUCGAGACACGCUCGACAUCACGAAUUUGGAAAAGCAAGACGUCGCGGUUGGACGGUCAGGGCUAGAAGCACAACUGGCUUACCAACUCGCCAAUGCCAGGCUGGAGAAACCGGAAGAGAUCCUCAGCAACUAUCUUAAGCCUGCAAUCGGGCAUUUGAAGAACCGCAAGGCAGGUCGAGAAGCAGGUAAGGUGUUUUACGAAUUCGCAGCCUUCUGCGACCACGAGCUGCAAAGUCCCAGCAAUAUCGAGAACUUCAACCGCAUCAUCAAGCUUCGUCAAGGAAAAGAGGACGAAGUUGAAGCUAUCAAGCUGGCCAUGAGAAAUUCAAAGAAAGUGGUUGGCGAUCGAGAGGACCUGAGGAAAUCUCUGACAAAGGCGCAAGCGUGGCUUGACAUUGACAAGAUGGAAGAGAAGGGCCUGAGAGACGCACGCAACCACUACAUUCACCAGAGCUUACGGAACUACCUCCUCGCUCUCGGUGCCUCAGAUGAUCAUGACAUCUGUGUCCUCCGCUUUUUUGCCCUGUGGCUAGAGAACGCAGAAGAUGACGAGGCGAACGGCAUUGCUUUGAAAUAUCUCAGCGACGUCCCAAGCUGGAAGUUUGUGUUGCUGAUGAACCAGCUGAUCUCCCGUGCCGAAGAGCAGCCCUCUACCUUCCAGACCGCCUUGCAGAGACUACUGGUCCGUAUUUGCGCCCAACACCCUCAUCACAGCGCGCAUCAUUUGUUUGCGGCUUCGAGGAGGCCCAACAACGCCGACCCUGCUUCGAAUUCGCGUUACAGCGCGGCAAAAGCGGUUUAUACGGAAGUCUGCACGGACAGCAAAAGCAAAGAACUGAUCGGAGAACGUAUAUUCAAGGCCGAUGCACUAUCGAAAGCAUUCGCGGAAUUGAAGCCUGUUCUGCCGGAGCGACAUAGCAAGUUCUCUGCAAAUCAGUUCAAGGAGUCGAAGAGUGUUGUCGAGCAAAUGCCCAGGCUGCGGCUGCCACCAAUAACCAUGUCGAUUGCGUUACGACCCAGCGGGGACUACCAAGACGUUCCAAUCGUCCAAAGAUACGAACAGCGUUGCUCUGUCAUGAACGGAAAUAGUGCGCCUAAAUUGGCGACUUGCCUGGCGUCCGAUGGAGUACAGUACAAGCAGCUCUUCAAGAGUGGCGACGACCUUCGACAGGAUGCUAUCAUGGAGCAAGUUUUUGAGGAAGUGAGCAAGAUGCUUCGCAACCACCGUGCUACCCGACAGCGCGAUCUGAAAGUUCGUACAUAUAAAGUCGUUCCGUUGUCUGCUAAGAGCGGCAUCAUCGAAUUUGUACCCAACUCAAUACCCUUGAACGACUUCUUGCGGCCUGCCCAUCGCAGCUAUCACCCACAAGACUGGACGGACACCAAAGUAAGGGAGAUGAUCCAUCACGCCUACCAGAGUGGUAAUCAAGAGCAACGCGUGAAGGAGUAUCAGAAGGUUUGUCAACACCUUCACCCUGUGCUAAGGCAUUUCUUCUUCGAACGUUACGAUGACCCCGACGAUUGGUUCCAAAAGCGCACAGCGUACACCCGUACAACUGCAAGCAUAUCUAUUCUGGGACAUGUCCUUGGGCUGGGUGAUCGCCACAAUAGCAACAUCAUGCUGGACACAGCCACGGGAGAGGUUGUACAUAUUGAUCUGGGAGUUGCAUUCGAGGCCGGAAGAAUCCUGCCGAUUCCGGAGCUUGUGCCAUUCCGACUCACGAGGGAUAUUGUGGACGGCAUGGGCUCGACCAAGACGGAAGGUGUGUUUCGUCGCUGCUGUGAGUUCACACUGGAUGCAGUGCGGGAGGACAAGGACAGCAUCAUGACUUUGCUGAAUGUGCUGCGUUAUGAUCCGCUGUACAGCUGGACUGUGUCGCCACUUCGGGCAAAGAAAAUGCAAGAAGCUCUCGAGACUGGACAUUCAAGACGAAUCAAUGACGAUACACCCUCGAGGAAGCGAGAGGAAGAAGCAGGCGAGGCCGACCGAGCACUGUCGAUUGUGGAGAAAAAGCUGUCGAAGACGUUGAGCACUGCAGCGGCGGUCAAUGAGCUGAUACAGGCCGCGACGGAUGAGAAGAAUCUUGCCACUCUGUUUCACGGCUGGGCUGCUUGGUUCUGA